CUAACAUUUUUUGCUUUCGAUCCAUUCCUCCGAGGUAGACUCCACGAAGACGUGGAGCGCCUCAUUGGGCUUCGUGCACAUCUUGGGCUGCGUCUCAGUUGAACCAAUUGCGUCGUGAUUUGUUUGCAUCUAAAGUGAGCUGCAUUCGAGUCUGCCAUCUCUCGUGAUAGCUGCAACGUGUUAACGCCAAGAUCUCUAAUCAAGCACCCGCAGCUUCUCAAUCACAACAACAGCGACCACUCCUAAUGAGAGCCACUAAAUGCUGUGCAACAGGAAGAACUGGUGGAUUGCCCACCAUCUCCCACACCACACUUCACUUUGACAACACCCGCAAUCUAAAUUCGAGCAUCCGCCACCAAAUUCCCACACUUUCGAGGUAUCUACGGAGAAUAAACAACACUGGGAGUCCAAGUUGACGGCAAUCGAACUAAGUCCUGGGUGAUGCCGGGAAUGAGAGAUCAAAACCCAACAUCCAAGAAUAUUCACGCGGUGUGGUGAAGGAUUUGCAGACGCGCCUGUGGUAGUUGCUCUCAAAAUUUCACCCACGUCAUUGCAUGGUACAUUCUCCGACGUUGCAGCCUUCCCUCUUCCCUUCCUUGAUCGACAUGGAUCGUUUAAACCAGGAGCUGCCAACAAUGUGUCUCGUGGAUUGCCUCCACCUGCCGCUGGAAAGAACUCCGCAUCACGCAGGGACUAUAGUGGGCGGCAGACAACAGAGGAUCAAUUUGUAAUUAGAGCAUCAUUAUUUUUGGGCCAAAUUCAAUCACAUAGCCACAUUUUCCCUACAGAAAACGAAGCGAGAGGUUGUAUGAGAGAAGUCCGAAUGAACAUGACACAUGAAACGUCGAAGAAAGAAUUGAUAAGGUAAGAAUUAUCUUCGAACAAAAUGGGCGUCGUUGUCUUGAUUGAUAGACCAAUGACCAUUUCAGCGGUGGUCGGAUGUAAACGACGAUGGAAUCUCGUGCCCCACCUUCAGUUUCGGGGGAAGGGAUGAUUGAUGAUCGGCCUCGUCGCGGUUGGUGCAUUUGCGUGAGCUUCUACUCCAGAGGUUAAAGCAAUCUCCUCCGCGGCGAUCGAACCACCUUAAGCUUCCAGAGGGAUCAGUCGGUGCUAUCGAGGGAGUGGCGAAUGCUUGGACCGACUGUGCAUAUUCCGGUUUUAGGGUUUGGCUGUUUUGAAUAUGAAGAUUCUGAGAUAUGAUUUGUGGGUGAAAUUCUUCUGAGAGUGUUGGAUGCUGGGUAUUUUACUGCGUUGUUCUUCUCUUCCUUGGUGGCAUUUUGCUUUAGAUUUUGUAAUUAUUUUUUCGUAAAAAUCAGAUGGAAAAUGGUGAAGAUCAGGGGCCAAUCAUUUUCCCAUUACACGAGAGGUUAGCCAAAUGCUUGGUAGAAAUUGAUGACGACGACAAGCUGAGACUGAGUUUAAACGAGUGGGAGAACAACUUUAAGAAGGCAGUCUCUAGGGUGGAGGUCAAGCGCGAGCGGAGCCUGAAUGUGAAGAACGAGCUUUACCAGCUGAUAGAAUUCUAUAGUGUUAUCCAGGGGGUGGUGCUAGGCGCUGCAGCGCAAGCAAGCACUCUCACCUGUAACACUGCCUGGGGUCCGGCUUUGUUGUCAUUUCUCGCCUCUUGCGCUACCGUCGUCAGUGUUCACAACAAAUUCAAAGACUACAUCAUCUUGAAGCAUGAGCUCAAGAAGGAAGAAGACGAUGCAAAUGUUGUCAAGGGGAAGAUUGGUUUGCUCAAGCUGAUGGGGAGUAAUUUUAGGUUUGAGUCGCUUGACGAGAAGGCUAUCACUGACAGGGACCGCACGAAGGCAAAGCACUCGGACGAGUUCUACUGGCCUGUAAUGAUCGUGGUCGUCAUCUUUUCUGUUGUAGUUGUCAUUGUCAUUUUCUCCAUUCUGUGCUCCAAUAGUUCCCCUCGCGAAUGCACAGACCCUCAGAAUCUGUGGUCUCAAGGUUUUACGUGAACUGCAUACUAUUUAGUUGCCUGCACUGCGCUUCAGUAUCUAUGCACCUUCCUGGAUCUAAUGGAGAUGUCUUUGUUUCUGAUUGAUUCAUACUACUCUACGAAGCAGCUUCACAUGUCUAUACACCCGUAGCUGAUGUCCCGAGUCCCGACGAGCCUUCUGCGCAAGAACCCGUGGGCUGGGCUCGCCUUUCUCCCUCCAGAGAGGCGGAGCCUCAGCCCAAAAUAUUACACUGAAUGUCGUGGUUUUCGCGGAAUCUCCGCACCUCUUAUCGUCGCGCUCUUCGCCCCGCAGCACAUCUUCCUGCGUCUGGAUUAAGAGCGGCGACCUUGAGCUAGGUGCUUGAGCCAGGUGGAUUAUUUUCGAAAUGUAGGAGCGAGGUGCAGGAGUAUGGUGGAUCAUCUGGAAGGUGGAAAAUUUUGGUGAUUCUUAUAUCGAGAAAAAUUGGAGGUGAAUUGACCCUCUCCUCAGCCAAUGUGACUCCGGAACAAUGACAUGAUUGCACUUCGGAGCUACAUUCCAAUCCUCAACGUGAGUAGAAUCGCUAACACUCCCUAUGCUUGCAAAUUUAUACAUCCCAUUCAAUCAAGGUUAUACUCUCGUCGUGUUAUUUGUGCAGACAGACAAUUGCUUCGUUACAGACCCAACCUCGACAUAACCGUGUCAAGCACUUGUACCCGUAUAACUUGUUUGCAAUUGUUCUCGUUGGUCAUUGAAAGUGACCGUGGUGUGUUAGAUUGAAAUCCUGCUUUCGUAUUCUAAAGCCUUGAUGAUUGCUACAAGCCAUCUCGGAGUCUUCGCACAAGUUCAAAGUUACCAUUUUUUACAUCGUUAACAAUUAACAUUCUUCUUCAGAGAUUUUAUCAAUUAUUGAUUUAGGUUUGAUCUUUUCUGACCCUUCUUAUCGGAUCUCAUUAGCGGCAUGGUAUAAGUUUUUUUUUGAUACUGCAUAUGUUUUGUAAUAAGAGAGCUUGCUUGCAGCUUUGUUCUGGUGA